AAAGAUGUUAGCUUGGCAUGGCCUGUUCUACCCUAUUAUCGGCCUCGCCUCCUGUACUGUUUUCAUCUACAUUUCCUUUGGGGAUCUCGCGUUCAAGCUCAUGGAAACGAAGAUGAGCUUUGUUGGGAGAGAAGGCGUUCAUUUCAUGGUUGACGGAAACCCAUUUUAUGUGAAUGGAUGGAACUCUUACUGGUUGAUGAUACAGUCCGUGGAGGAGGCUAGCCGGCCGAGGAUGAACGCCAUGUUCAAGACGGCUUCAGGUUUAGGGCUUACAGUUUGCAGGACAUGGGCUUUCAAUGAUGGUGCUUACAAUGCUCUUCAGAUUUCCCCCGGCCAAUUUGAUGAGCAAGUUUUUAAG